AUGGAAUUUUUUUACUGGAGAUUUGGGGAUGUGAAGUAUGACAGGAUUGAAUUAUCGAAGGAACUGGAAUACCUUUACGAAUUUCAGGGAACUCAUUAUUUGAAUAAAAUGUCUUGUGAAUUGAUGUCUGGCAAUCAGUUAUUCAAAACUUUAUAA